UCCCGGCUCUUCAGGACUGCCAGACGGAGUGGAACGUGGUGAUGCCGACGUGGAGUGCGGGACAGGACUGCGCCGUGGCGAAUUAUGUGGGAACUGAAGCCCAAUGGGAGAAGCCCAGAGGCAUUCUGUGUGAUUUCAACGGCAUGGUCACCGCUCUGCACAUGGCAUUCGAGCAACUCAAGGGGUCCAUACCGUCGUCCAUCGGCACGCUCGUUCAGCUGGAAUACCUGGAGCUGAAUGACAACUUGCUUUCGGGGUCCAUCCCAGACGCCAUCGGCCAGCUUGCAAAACUCCGUUACCUUUAUCUCAACGGCAAUGCGUUUACCGCCGUCCCCGAUUCUAUUGGCAACUUGUUUCAACUGGAAGAGCUUCAUCUGGAGGAGAACUUACUAGCUGGCAGCGUGCCGUCGAUACUUGGCAAUCUGGGCCACGUACACUUCCUGUCCCUGGCUUCGAACCAGUUCACUGGUCGUGUCCCAAACUCUGUAUCAAUGCUGUCCAGCCUCUUCCUCCUGGACAUUGCGGACAACUAUCUCAUGGGGGAGUUGACCGAACGUGAAUGCGGCGAUUUCAGACAGUCUCGCGGGGCAAACUGCUUCUCCACUGCAGCAUUAGCGGCGGACAAGCCGUGGAUCACGUGUGCGGAGCAGCGCCCGGCAGCAGUGUGUGACGCGUUCUGUGGGCUGGAGGGCACCACCACGCCUGUUUGUAACGGCCUGGGAGUCUGCUAUCUGGACGGGCCGAAUCGUAUCCCCACGUGCCGCUGUGAGGAUGGAGCCGUGCAGGAUGGAAGAAUCUACUGCGCCCCUCCGGGGUCGGUGGGAAGAAAAGAGCUGGUGGAGCCGACCAUUCUCACCAAGGGUGCAGAAGCAACGGCAGGAGUGUUCACUGCGGACCCUCUCGCCGUCGCCACGUACCGAACAGUUCCAGACGGAUGUGGCGCCGACCUGCCAAUCCGAGUCGAGUUCACAUUCUUCAUGUUCCCCUCCGCUGGUGGCACGUCCAAGGCGGGCCAGGGGCUCGCGUUUGUGAUUUCAGCGACGAAUGCGGCCGGGACUGGCGGGGAGGGGGGAGGGGUGGGGUACGCUGGCAUGGACGGUCGGAGCAUAGCGGUAGAGUUUGACACGUUCACAGAUGCAGCGCAUGGGGACAUGCCCGGCCACCACGUGGGGCUCAACACCGGCGGCAGCGCCACUUCCAUUGCAGCUGUCCGUUCGCCUUUCACGCUCAACAACCAGAAGACUUACACCGCAUGGAUUGACUACAAGCCUGGUGACCCCGGAGGCCCGGGAACCCUGAGUGUGUAUCUGGCUGCGAGUGGGGACAAGCCUGACUCGCCCCUACUGGAGAGCCCUCUGUCGCUGUGUGACGUGCUGCAGCCAACACAAACUAAGAGGUCGUUUUACUUUGGGUUUGUGGCGUCCUCUGUGGCUCCCUUCCAGCAGCAGCACGCCAUCCUCGUGUCCUUCGUUGAAACAGACACACAUGUUCUCUCCACCAUUGGUUAUCACUUGUCCUUCCUCCUUCCUCCACUCCUUCCCACCACAAAGUUCCCUGCACUUUCUUCCUCUCCUCCCCCCCAACCCCCCAACCCACCCGCCCACCCCCCGCCCACCCUUGUCCCCCCCCCCCUUCCCAACCUUGUCCCCCUCCCCUCCCCCACCCUUGUCCCCCUCUCCCCCCCCCCCACCCUUCCUCUCCUCCUCUCCCCCCUCCCCCCCCACCCUUGUCCCCCUUCCUCUCCCUGCUCCGUUGAGGCAGCCUAUGGGCUCUCUGUGUCCCAAUCAACGUUCCGGCCAGCGAGUGCGAGUCCGUUCACGCGCUAUGUGAGUGCGGCGUAUGCUCUCUCGGGGCAGCAGGACGCCUGGCUCCUCCGCGAUCCCUCCUCCUGGGAUGUGCCGUGGCUCUCCUGGCCCGUCAAGGACCAGGACGCCUGCAAUGCGUGCUGGGCGUAUGCAGUGGUGGCGAGCAUAGAAGCAGCAUACGGCAUCGCAACGAACCAAGCAGCGCCGCAGCUGUCAGUGGAGUCGCUCUUUGCAGCCAUGGGGCUCACCUCUCAAGCCAAGAAAUGCACCACAGGGGGAUCUCCAACAGAGGCCUUUGAGAAGCUGCUUGCUCUGCCAAAGAAGGGACUCACUCUAGCUACCAGCAACAUUGCUAGUGUCGUGCCAAGCAAACAAGCUGCUGUAAGUGUUGCAUGCAGUGAGGCGAUUUCUAAGGUGAAGUACUAUCCUGUUCAAGGGUUUGAGCGCACGCGGUUCAAGGGGUAUGUGGGGCUCAUGCUGGCAGUGCAGGGGCAGCCAGUGGUGGUUCACAUUCAGGCAUCUGCUCCCACGUUCGCCGCUUAUGAUGGGACAUACAAGUACCAGGACCCAGCUUGCUAUACAGGCGAGCUGAACCACGUGGUGCUUGUUGUUGGCUACUCUGUUGCCGUGGGGGACAGCGUGCAGCGGCGCAUCCCCCCUCCGUUUUGGAUCAUCCGCAACUCGUGGGGCGGAGAGUGGGGCUAUAAUGGCCACAUGCGCAUGGAUAUUCGGCAAGGGGAUGGCGUGUGUGGCAUCAACGUGUUACCUGGCAUCUAUCCAAUCGUGAAGACGGACGUGUGCGGGUCGCAAUUGAAGAACCCGUGUUUUGUGGGCACAUGCAUAAACGAUGGCAAGGGCUCCUACACCUGCAUAUGCCCUCCCAACUACAUCCCCAGCCGAACCGUUGAUGACUUUCCCACCUGCGACCCAGCCGGCAGCUUAGCCACCAGCUUGGCAGCUCUUGACUGCUCGAAGCCUCUGAAAUUGAAAGCGGUGAUCCAGCUGGCCGGCUUUCCUGCCGUCCCCUGCACUGCCUUCUUCUACACUCUCGCUGGCGACACGUGUGAUUCCAUCUCCACCUACCUGAACCGCACCCAACCCGACCUCCUCAGCCUGAACCCUGGGCUGAGCUGCGAGCAGGGCAUCAAGGCGGGGCGCUCCGUGACUCGUGCGAGCUUCUGCUGCAGAGGAUAUGAGGAGGGGGCACUGGCGCCAGCUGCUUGGGAUGAGCUUUACCGCAACAACCCCGGGCUCGUCUGCUCCAGCACUGUUCCUGCCUCUGCCUCUGCUGUUGGCAGCAAGGCCGGUGUGCAGGUGUGCCUCAAGGCGGAGUACUGGCCAUUUACACUCGGAAGGUGCACCAAGGGCCGGGCCAAGACAGUGUCGCCAUCGCUGACUUGCUUCUAUGGCGGUGCCGCAAGCGCUGCAGCUGCCAAGUUUUCAGAGUACAACGGGAAAGCCUGUGCGAGCAAUGUUGGAUCCAAGUACAUUUGUGUGCCUCGCUAG